ACGUGGGAGGCGAAGUUCGCAUUUCGGAGUACUUGGGGACUUCGCUGUGUAACGUAAUCUAUCUGUGGUCAGUUCUCAUCAGGUUGACUGAUGCACAGGGUCAGGUGUACUUGGAUUAUUUCUAAAAAUGCCUCAUAAUUUACUGAAGUGUUUGCACGCCACCCAAACUAUGUAUGACUAGGGCCGCAGAAAUUCAGUUCAAUGUCGGACCGCUAUGGGUUCCAAGUAAAUAUGGCGGCCGUGUUGUUGUACGUCUGCUCAGCUUUUGUUGUUUGGGCUGUGUUAUGGCGGUGUUCUGCGGCCGUUUCGGAUCAUUUAUUAUGCCCUUCAUCCUGCACUUGUCUCGGAAAUAUGGUUGACUGCAGCAGAAAAGGAUUAAUUUCAGUACCAAAGGAUCUACCCAGCUGGGUCGAGAUAUUAGAGUUGCAGUCAAAUGGAAUAUCUUUUCUUGAACCUGAUGAUUUCAAAGGACUAUACAAACUGGAGAAAUUAGAUCUGAGUAACAAUGACAUCACAUUUGUCAAUGGAACCAUUUUUCAGGAUCUUGAAUCUUUACACAUUUUAAAAAUUACUCAUAAUAAACUAAGAGAAAUGCCAGUGCCAUCAAAGCCACUUAACGUCACUGAAAUGUCACUAGCACACAACAUGAUUCUCACAGUGUCAGCAGAUGCUCUGCAACAACUGCCUGUUUUAGAAUCACUCUAUCUAAACCACAAUCAGAUUAUGGAUAUUCCAGUAGGAGCUUUCCCUUCACAAUCUCGUCUUACCCGCCUGUAUCUAAAUAACAACAACAUUAUGCGUCUGGAAAAAGGAUGCCUUGACAACUUGACUGCUUUAGAAAGGCUUAAAUUGAACAAGAAUCGAAUGUUUGAACUUAAAAAAGAAGUAUUCUUCAGACUCACAAAUCUCAAGUUUCUAGAGCUGUCUAGAAAUGAAAUAGGAACUAUCCAUGGGUUGGCAUUCAAGGGUCUGCAGAAUUUACAGGUACUGAAGCUUAAGCAUAAUGCUAUUUCAAACCUGAUGGAUGGUGCCUUUUGGGGCCUAGACAGGAUCAACAAUCUCCAACUUGACUUUAAUAACAUCUCCAAUGUGACAAAAGGAUGGUUGUAUGGCUUGGCAUCACUGAGACAGCUGUCACUGACUCACAAUAAAAUUGCUUCCAUUGAAUUGGAUGGAUGGAAAUACUGCCAGGGUCUGGAUAUGCUGGAUCUAACAAACAAUCAUCUGACCACCAUUCUUCAGGGAACCUUCUCAAAACUGUCAGCAUUGAAGAACCUGGUGCUUGAUCAUAAUCGUGUGUCACGUAUUGAUGAUGGUGCCUUUUCUGAUCUCCGUCAUCUUAUUACGCUUGAAAUGAAUGACAAUUCCAUCUCUUGGACAAUGGAGGAUGUGAGUGGUGCUUUUCUAGGACUUCAAAAGCUCAUGAAGUUGGGGUUAAAGAUGAAUCACAUCAAGUCCAUUACAAAUCAGGCAUUUUUGGGUCUUCAGCGUCUACGGCAGCUGCACUUAGAACAUAAUGAUAUUACUACCAUCCAGGAAAAUUCUUUUCAACCCUUGCAGGAUCUCCGUGAACUGCGGCUCAAUUCGACAAAUUUGCUAUGUGACUGCCACAUUGGCUGGCUUGCCAGCUGGCUCACACACUUUGGUUUCCAGGGUACUGUAAUAGCAGUGUGUGGCUAUCCAGAAUUGCUCAGAGGAAAAAGCAUUUUUGAUGUUGCCAUUGAAGAAUUUAAAUGCAGUGAACAGCAGAUUCCUAAGCCUAUUAUUUUAACUAACCCCGAAUCACAGGAUGCCUUCAAAGGUGAAAACAUAUCACUAAAGUGCGAAACUGCAAUCACAGGGGAUUCUGAGCCUACCAUUCAGUGGAAAAAAGAUAAUAUGCUAUUAGAAGAGAGUGUUGUGGAGACAGUAGCUAGUAGUACUGGUGAAAUAAAACAUUAUACAUCAUCCUUGCACCUCCACAAUGUUGAAGAUGACAUGGCAGGCCGUUACCAGUGUGUUGUGUCCAAUGAUUUUGGAUCUGCUUUCUCUCUUCGAGCUCGAAUCAAUGUAUAUGUAUUUCCAGUGUUUGUCAAGAAGCCAGUCGACAUCACAGUGAAAGCUGGACAAUCAGCAAAGUUGCAGUGUUCUGCUACCGGGCAGCCUCAGCCUGUGAUCUCUUGGAAAAAAGAUGGUGGUGAUGACUUCCCAGCUGCAAGAGAACGUCGCAUGCAUGUCAUCCCCAAUGAUGACCAGUUUUUUAUUGUUAGCACCAGCAACAUUGAUGAAGGCGUGUAUACAUGUAUGGCACGUAAUGAGGCAGGUGUCAUAGCAACCAAUGCCACUGUUACAAUUUUGGAGACGCCAGACUUCAUUCGUCCCAUGGAAGAGCAGAAGACAACAAGCAUAGGGGAAACAUCAGUCUUGGAAUGCAUGGCUUCAGGCAGCCCACGCCCUAAGUUACGCUGGCUAAAGGAUGGAGAGCCUUUAGAUGUGACUCAGCGCCAUUUCUUUACUGCUGACAACCAGUUGCUUAUCAUAGUGGAGACCCGUUGGGAAGAUGCUGGUUUAUAUACUUGCGAAAUGUCCAACACACUGGGUAUCAAAAGGGGUGUUACACGAUUGCGUGUAAUCACAGAUGUAAAUGUAAGUUCUUGUCAAUCUGAUCCUUCAGGCCUUGAUGAUGAGUCAACAACAACUGGCAUCAUCAUUAUAGCCGUGGUCUGCUGUGUGGUUGGUACCUCUUUGGUCUGGGUCAUCAUCAUAUAUCAGACUCGAAAGCGCCACGAGAUGUAUAGUGCCACACCAACAGAUGAAACAACUUUGCCAGGAGAGGUACAUAGCACUGGGUAUUCAUCUGACAAAGAAGGCAGCUUCACACAUGGUCCUAUUGGAAUCACUACCUUCCAUUAUCAAGAUUACCAGCUAAAAGAGUCUGGCUAUGACUCUUCCCCAGGCCAGUAUCGUGUCAAUGGAUGGGUUGGUGUGCGCCCCUCUGCUGCCAUCUUUCCUAGUGAUGUGGAAGAAGAUGAUGUUCAAGGAGGACCAGCAUCCCACAGUCAGCAGCUGCUGCAUCAGAGUACUAGCACCUCUAGCCUGCAUUACUCUCAGAGUGAGAUGUCCAACACUACAAGCAGUUCCAGCAGUGCCCACAGUUCUCGUGUUGCUGUUGCAGCAGCUUUGGAUACUUCCUGUGGCCCAUCUUUGCAAGGACCACAUUUGAGUGUGCAGCAGACUGGCAGUGCCAGCACACAUGCUCUCAGUACCUUUCAUCCUGGUCCCACUAAUCAUGACAGGUGCUCACACUCUAUCACUUUGCCAUCUGUUUUGGGAGGAACCAUCUCCACAAGUUUUGGUAAACAAAAGACAUCAGACUAUCAUGAUUGUGAUACAUGUGACAGACAGGAUUGUGAACAGUGUGGUAAAUACCAUCAGCAAAGACACAGCGUGAAAGGCAAUUGCAGUAGUGUAGACUCUAAAGGGCACCAGCUGUCCUCAGCCUUAUCAUCUGGUUUGCCUGUGAGAGCAUCCAGCUUGUCUUCCUUGCCAUCAGGAGUCUCUGCUAGCCAGUCAAACGAGGAGAAAAAAGGGGAGGAUACUGGUGCCCGUCAGGAUCAUGCACCAAGUACAAUGCCUGUGCAGCUAAGAAGCAGCAGCAAACAUUACUGGAGAGGUGUAGUCAUGAUUGCUGCUGUUCAGAAAUGCACCAUACGUGUGCUACACCAUGUGGCCACCACACCUGUUUGCUUGGUAUGCAAGACUGCCAAAGCUGGAAACAAGAACACCAUGCAGUUUGUCAUGGUAUUUCUGGUGGAGGAUGUUUCACACAGUACAUGGGAGUGCCAGAAUCUCAGCAUCUGUGUUCUCCUACUCCCCAGUUGUCCAGUUAUAGAGACUUCAUGGACUCCUCAUUUACAGAGUCUCAUUUAAAGCAUGUGCUUGGUGGCCAUCACCCUGGACAUUCACAUAGCAGCAGAAUACAUGCCCAUCAAAGUGCACGGCAGCACACAGAUUUGCCAGUGGAUGUAUAACAGAUUAUCAACAUUCUGAAACUGUCAAGAAAUUAUAUGCCUUGUUGCCUUGUCUUUUGUGGUAGUCCACAUCAUGCCUUGGCCCACCACACUGACUUGGCUGCCUAUGCAGCAAGAAAAAAAGGUUGUGUUUAAAAGUGGGGCAUUAUAUAACUGGACCACUAACCAGUGGUAGAAGAGGAAAAUGAGGACAAUGCCUUGCAAGUCCAGUAAAUGAGGGAAUGUAUACAUGUGCAUAUAUGCAUGUGCUCUUUGUGUUGAAGCUACCUUUUCAUAAUCAAGAACCCUAGCAUUAUCUGUGAUCUAAUUACCAAAUGUCCCAUGGAGCUUGGCUUUACAGUUCUUGUUGAAAGUUAAAUGAGACAUUUUAUUUCAUUUAUUCCCUUAAAACAUUUAUUUCCUUUUCGGAUUAUGUUUGCAGUUGUUUUGGUCAUAGGAAUCCACACAUUGGACACUGUUGAGUCUGCAGCUGACUGCUGUGCUGGGCAGCAAACAGCCUUUCCUAUACAGAAGGGCAGAGAGAGAGUAGUGCCUGACGGGUAUUUCAAUGGCAGACUGAUUGUUGAUGGCACAAAAUCAUCAAAGUCCCAGUGCAGGGUGAACAUCUUCACCCAUAAACCCACAGAUUUUCAGAAUAGAUAGCCCAUGCCCCUGCCCCUGCCAACAGUUCACAAACAGCUACCUCAUGCCCUGUACCAGGUGUAUGUCACACGCAUAUGUUCUGUCCACGCAUUGUAUUUUCAAUUAUCAGGUCAGAGUGACUUUCACCUAUAAUGAUAAGAAUACACUUCAUGUAACUGUGAUACCGUUACAACUAUCUUGCAGUUUCAUGACGAAGUGUUCUUUUGUCUUAAAAUUGACCAAAUUGUUGUAAAAAUGAGUGAGUGAUUUUAGAUUGGGAAACUGUUGAUGCAGAGGAGAUGUUAUGUUUAUACUACUUAAAUUGCAUGGUUUGUGACUAGUUAUCAAGUAAAAGAUCUAACAUUAGAACCAUUUAAAUUGGACUUGGAUUCUUAGAGUGCCUGUUGGGGCUGAGUGUUGUUUUCUACAGGAUUCACAUGUGACGUCAAGAUCAUUUAUACUUAGCUACAGUUUCUGACGCCUGUACUUAGGUGUUUGGAAACAAACAAACACCAGCAGUCUUUAUGAUGUACCAGAAUUAAGUAUUUUUAACUGAUUUGUUUUGAAAUUUUAAUGACGAACAAAUUGUUGCUAACUGAAAAGUCCUCAGACAAAGUAACAUUUAGAAAGAUCAAACAGUAUGUAGUGUGUGAAUGUGAAAAAAAUGUCUCUGAAUUUUUUUGUCAGGUUGAACAAAUGGCAUUUACUGUGAUGUAUGAAUUGUUCAAGCAUAAUGCUAGAUCCAAGAAAUCCAGGUCUUAGAAAAUUAGUGCUCAUCUAUGUUUGAUUUGUUUUCCUCAGAAAUCCUUGCUUAAAGAAAAUAUAGUCCUAUUUGUGGAGUAGGAAUGAGAAUCACCAGUGACUAAUAUUUUAUAUUACCAUAAGAUUUUGAUAGUUGUUUUAAUCAGAUAUUGUUUUGUUUUGAAGUGUAGGAGAGACAAAAGGUUGUGACAAGUUAAAGGAACCAAUACUGUAUUUAACAUGACAGUGAAGUUGAUUUGCUGAUAGAAAGUUUUUUUCACCUUUUUCCUUAUUACAUAGAAAAAUGGUUGUGUUGCCUGUUUAAACUUUUUUGACAGAAGCUAUGUUGUGUUCUCUACCAGAGAAAAAGUUUCAGCUUGUGAAAACCCCUCAGUCCUUGUAUCACUAAGCAGCAUGACAGAGAAAUUCAUAUUUUGCUUCAUGAAUGGGAAACCUUUAUACUGAGCCAUCAUAGUUUUGUGUCAACCAAAUAGCACAUUUGAAAGGCAUUGGGUGGUCCAGGAUUGGUAGUAUUAGAACAAAACUGGGAAAUUAGUCUUCUGCAUACUGACCAUUUGCUUGCAAUUGUAAUAAAUGUGGAACAAUGGUUUAAGAAUUAGCUGUAUGCUUGUAUAUUUAAGAGUUAAGAUGUAUCAUCAUAGAUGUAGUUACGAGGUAAGUGGGGAAUACAAAUACUCAUACCUCUUAAACAAGCACCAAUGAAAAUUUUUCUUUCUCAGAUAUGUAAAAGCAGUUAUGGGUUUCAUGAACUUCUGCAGUUUCUCUGCAGCUAAUGUUGUAUGUAGGUAUACAGGCCAAUCGUUUGCAUUGACAAUGUGAAAAAUAAACAACUAAUUUAUUGUACAAAUUAUUGCACAUUUGUGUGAAAUGUUGCCUGUACAGUUAAUUAAAAACAAAUUCUUGCUGAAUUCUCUAGUAUUGAGUAUCAGUGCAGUUUUGCAUGGUCACUAUUAGAUUGUUUUUAUAUUUAGUACCAUUGGUAGUGUUUGUAGAAGCUGUAAGACUUAUUUGAGUCUUAUGAAAAAGUAAGCCUUCAAGAUAUUCCAUUUCCUUAUAAGAUUUCCUAAACGUAGAUGUGUCUGUGACAGAAACAGUUCCAUAUGAUUUUAAAAAAAUCUCCAAAUAAACCAAACAUAUUUAUGAAGCUGAA